AUUAGUCACAACAAAGCUUCAAUUCGUGGGCGCACUGUUUCGUGAUUGUGAUUUUUCUACUUGCUUUUAAUCUAAAACGUCUAACCUAAUAUAUUGCUGACAAAUUCAAAAGUCAGUAGAUUCGUGCUAGCAGUUCAUAAAUCGAAGUGUUUAAGAAACAUGAUAAUACCGGUGCGCUGUUUUACGUGCGGAAAAGUUAUAGGCAACAAAUGGGAGGCGUACCUUGGUCUCUUGCAAGCUGAAUAUACAGAGGGUGAUGCGCUUGAUGCUCUCGGCUUAAAGAGGUACUGCUGCCGUCGCAUGCUACUCGGUCACGUAGAUUUAAUUGAAAAACUACUCAAUUAUGCGCCAUUGGAAAAAUAAUUUUCAUUCCAGUAUCUAUAAUAAAUUCUGUAUAUUUUUAAUUUUAAGCUAAAUAAAUUUUAAGACAUA